UUGUAAUAAGACAAGUCAACUACAAAAUUAAUAAAUACUGUAAUACAUACCCCGCCCUCUCAGCACAAUUUUGAGCCACUUUUCGUGUUAUAUAAUGAUUGCAAGAGUUCAGCCACUUGUUGUGUUUUGAUCUUUUUUUUAUUACAUUUUUCUUCUAUAUAAGAAUAAGAAAUCUCAGUUUUAAGGUCAUCCGCAACUUCCAGUACUUAACUCAAAGCUUUCUUCAACAGUCUUAUCAAUGAGGAGCAGCGCAGCUUGCCUGGUGGUUUCACUAUGGAUUUCGUGUUUGCUGGGCUCUACCUACGCCGCCACAUUCUCUUCUCUCCACAGAACUCUCAUCCUCACCGCUUCACCUAAAGCCGGACAAGUUUUGAAGGCCGGAGAGGACAACAUAACCCUAACCUGGUCCCUCAACACCACCUUCGCAUCCGGGAUCGACUCCACCUACAAAAGCGUGACGGUGAAGCUGUGCUACGCCCCGAUCAGCCAGAAGGAUCGCGGAUGGAGAAAAACGGUGGACGAGUUGGCUAAGGACAAGACCUGCCAGCACAAGAUUCUCACCAAACCCUACACUUCUUCUAACAACACCUUCACUUGGAGCGUGAGGAGGGACGUUCCCGGCGCCACCUACUUCGUCCGAGCCUACGCCCUCGACUCUGCCGCCAAGGAGGUAGCCUUCGGACAGACCACGGACAGUCACAAGACCACCAACUUGUUCGAGGUUGAGGCAGUCACGGGACGCCAUGUGUCGCUCGACAUCGCCUCUGUUUGCUUCUCUGCCUUCUCCAUUGUGUCGUUGCUUGGAUUCUUCUUCAUGGAGAAGAGGAAGGCCAAGUCAUCCAAAUGAUCAACCAUGCUUGACUUCUCAUUCUUGUUUUGUUUAGGAUAAUAUGCAAGUCCUAUGAGGCCUACUCAUAAUUAAGGAUAUAUAUCAUGUGUGAUGUAUGGUUGAUUUCUGUUAAUUUCAAAAAUUUAAAUGAAAUACUUUUGAUUAAUGUUGGUUUAA